GAGCAGCGUCUUCUCCCCCCGACGGACGACGGCUCGACUCCGGUAGAGUGUCUAGAGCCUUCCGGAAGCCGCGCCUCCACCUCCCUUCGCCGUUCCCCGUGCGGCGGCGCGGGAUCCUCGGCGCCCCCCCCCCCCACCGGCCUGCUCGGAUAACCUAACCCGUACGGAUUGGGCUGCGAUUUUUGAGCAACAGGCGGCGCCGAUAUGGCGAGAUCAAAUGGGACUUCGGGAACUUCCGCUGCAAGUUUUGGCGGUCUGUACAAUAAGAAGUAUUCAAGCUACUUAAAUGAUGAACCAAUGCCUGAUGCCGCAUCAGAAAAGGAGCAGGGAAAUGAAUAUUUCAAACAGAAGAAGUUUGCUGAAGCAAUUGAGUGCUACUCCAGAAGUAUUGGGUUGUCUCCUACAGCAGUUGCUUAUGCAAAUAGAGCUAUGGCAUAUCUUAAACUAAGAAGGCAAGUUAUUUGAAGACUGUAUGCAUUCACAGAUUCACUUCAGCUUAUAUUUAUUCAUUUCUUAUGCUUCUACUGCAAGUAGUUCACCUCAGUUGAAUUUGAAUAUGGAACCUUACUUUGGUUGGCAUCAUCAAUUUGAGACUGUUGAAUAGGGCAUAUUUUGUGUAUGCUUGCUAUCUGUGCUAUAUUUCAAAUUUUCACCAAUCUGUCGUGGAACCUGGAAGUUGUUUUUUUCCAAGAGUUGAUGUCUGAAGAGGCCUUAUACUAUGGAUAUGAAACUCAUCAGAUUCAAGGAGGCAGAGGACGAUUGCACUGAAGCUUUGAAUCUGGAUGAUCGAUAUAUUAAAGCAUACUCACGGCGAAUUACAGCACGGAAAGAACUUGGGAAGCUUAAGGAAGCAAUGGAUGAUGCUGAAUUUGCCAUCAGUCUUGAGCCAAACAAUCCAGAGCUAAGGAAGCAGUAUUCUGACAUAAAAGCUUUGCACAUGGAGAAAUUGGCUAAAACAACCCAGGUGCCAGCUAAGCGUGCAGUUUCUGGAUUUGAUAAACCUGCUGAUAAAAAGGAAAUCACUUCUCAUCCGCCGACUAUCUCCCAGAAGGACAGUUUCAUGGAAGUUGAUUCACCUAUUAGAGCUGCAGUGGAUAUCAGAGAGAGUGCUGGUGGCAGGUCUAAAGGAGGGUCUGGAGUAAUCAUCAAUGAGAAUGGCAUGCAGUCUUGGGAUGCCAAUCAGAAGCCUGGGCCAGAAGCUUCAAUUCAAGAGCUUGCAUCGCGAGCUGCUUCACGGUAUAUGGCCAGCACUGUAAAAAGCGUCAAGAUACCAAAGACAGCUUAUGACUUUGAGGUUUCUUGGAGAGCUCUUUCUGAUGACACUGCUCAGCAAAUACAGUUGUUAAAGUCAAUUCCACCUGCAAGCCUACCAGAGAUUUUCAAGAACGCACUUUCUGCUCCUUUUCUCAUUGACAUAGUGAAGUGUUCAGCCUCAAUUUUUCGGGAUGAUGCAGCGUUAGCUGUUAGCAUUUUGGAGAAUUUGGCAAAAGUUCCACGCUUUGACUUGAUAAUCAUGUGCCUUUCAUCCAUGCACAAAUCUGAACUGAGGAAGAUAUGGGAUCAAGUAUUCUUUGCUGAAAAAGCAUCAGCUGAUCAGGUGGAAGCUCUUAGGCAGCUGCGAGGCAAAUAUAUUCAGGGAGGGUGGCAGGAUAACAUGUUCACUUCAAGCUAAUGAUGAUGCAAAGACAAAACAUUAGAAACCUUGUACACCCUUCUCUUGAGUGCCCGUCAAAUGUUAGCAGCAAAUGGUUGUGAAAUUCUCGUCUACUGGAUGCACGCUCUCCGGUUGCAGUGAAUGGUCGAAUCAUUUAGUUUAGGACAUGUGCUUGCAGCAAGUAGUUCUUUGUAGGCUGAGAUGGAACGAAUGUAUGUAAGCUCAUGUUGCUUCCGAACCACUUACGUACUAUCUGAUUAUAUAUCGCCAUAAAAACUUUACUGAUCGGAUAGAUUAUCUUAAGUGUCAUGCAUUUAAAAAUGGAGAGGUGUAGCAAUUCUCCUGGGUAUGUAGGAUCAUGUAUGAUGGUAUGUUAUUUAUCGUUAGCUUGUUCCUUGUCA